GGCCUUGUCAAUGCUAUGAGGAUACAUUUUCUCAUUGUGCACGAAAUGGCCACAGAGUACAGUUUAUACUAUCCACGCCACUGUCCUAAACAUGCGCAGUAAAAGAAAACACCUGUAUUAUGAAUGUGAAUUGCCGAUUCGCUGACAAUAUUGCUGAUUGUUGGUGUUUGUCGAUAUUACUUCAUUUUGAGGUUUACUGAUACCUCUAAGAAAGUAGCAGCAUAAGAAUAAAGAAGUUUGUGCCAUAUGUUCGAGUGGAGAAUAUAAUAUUAUUAUUACAUAACCGAAAUUUAAGUCCCACUGUGAUCUAGUAGUAAAACUUAAUUCAAAAAAAUCCAACUCUUGAAAUACAUUAACAAAAAAUAAUGUUUCCUUUAUUGUGGUUUUGUGUUGGAUUAGCUUAUUUUGAAGUUAAUGCUGCUCAAGAUGAACUGAAAGCUGUUGUUGUGAUAUACAGACAUGGAGACAGGACUCCUAUCCAACCCUACCCUACAGACCCCUACAAAAAUGCAUCCUAUUGGCCGGUUGGUUUUGGACAGCUAACAAAGAAAGGAAAACAUCGACAUCUUGACUUGGGCAAAUGGCUGCGGAACCGUUAUGAUGGAUUCCUUCCUUCGAUUUAUUCUGAAAAUGAUAUAUUCAUUCGAUCCACAGACGUUGAUCGAACUCUGAUGUCUGCAGAAGCAAAUCUAGCAGGUCUCUACCCACCUUUUGGCAAUCAAGUUUGGGAUGAAGUAAUAAAAUGGCAACCUAUUCCUGUUCAUACCCAACCUCAACAAGAGGAUAUUUUACUGGCAGCCAAAAAACCUUGUCCGAAGUAUGAUAGAUUACUGAAACAACUGUUCAAAUCUGACUAUUUUCGGAAUAUUUCCCAUCAGAAUCAUGACCUCUAUGCAUAUUUAACCAGAUACUCUGGGCAAACAGUUUCAGACUUGAAAAGUAUUGAAUAUCUUUACAGUACCCUUUUAAUUGAAACAUUGAAUAAUUAUACGCUGCCAAGCUGGGCAAUAAAAGUGUUCCCGAUCAAACUUUACCCAUGGGCAUCUUUGAGUUUUGCUACGGAAACAUUUACUCCAGAAUUGGCCCGACUGAAAACAGGUCCACUUUUUAACCAUAUCGUUAAAUUUUUCAAAAAUCGCACUGCAGAAUCUACAGAAACUCCUAAGUUUUUAGUUUUUUCUGCACACGAUACCACAAUUGCUAAUGUACUCAACACUAUGGGUGCUUUUGAAUACCAUACCCCUCCUUUUGCUUCGACUAUUAUGAUGGAAAUGAGGAAACGUAGCAAUGGUAGAAGUUAUGUGAAUCUUUUUUAUAAAAAUACCAGUGAACCAAGGCAAAUCACUCUCAAGCACUGCGAUUUCAAUUGUGAUCUCGUUGAUUUCUCUACAAUUUUGAAACCUAUAAUUAUCAAUUUGGAAGACUGGGAAAUCGAGUGCAAACUCAAGACACCAAACAGCUGGCCAUUGAAUUUUGAAUGGAACAUCAUUUUGUUAUGUUCUAUUUUGACUGUGAUUUUCUUAGCUAUUGGAAUAAUCAUGAGUCUCAAAAAGACUCGAAAGGAGAAUGAGACUACCAAAUACAUCCAGUUACCAAAUGAGGAAUAUUCUUGAUUUUGCAUUUGAGAUAUAUAGAUCUUGAUAGUCUUUAUAUUUUUCUGAAAAAAAUUCCAAAUCGCACAAAAUCAUAUUUCCAAAUCCCUUAGUUUUAUCUAUAGUCAUUAAUUAUUUAAUUUAUUUAAAUACUUUGACAAAAUAAUGUUUCUAGAAGUUGGACUAUCUGGUGAAUGAAUUAGACCUCAUAUUGUAAUAACAGAAGCAGGUAGAAGUAAGCAUGACCAUGAUGUUCAUGAAGGCGUCAUCUGUGAGAUCAAUAGAUGACUCGAAUCACUAUUAGCAAAGGUAAACGAGGCUCCAUUGCAAAGCCAAGCUUCGAGAUUAACUGCUGAAAGAGAUUCGUCUUACUUAUGUCUUCUUCUUAAGCUUUCAAGGUAAGGCAAUUAGUUAACAAAUGCUUUCUUCUACUGGCUUGUUCUUUAAGGACUAACUAAUCCAACAAUGCAUUUGUGGUUUAGCUUAGCACUAGUGUGUAUUGUUGUUAGGCUGUUGAUAUGAUUGGUUGUUUGGAUUUGAAACUUGGUAACUGUGCCAAUGCCAUAAAGUAACCAUUUCCAUAGGACGUACAAAGUUUUAUUUGGUUUGAAAUACCUAUCAUUUAGGUCUGAUUUAUUUUUGUGAUAAUACUAGUUUUAGAUUUUUACUAGUUUUCGAUUUUUCUAAUUGAAAUUUAGAUCUUCAUCUAAGGAUUACAAAUGUAAUAAAAAUGACCAUUUUAUUAAUUUGUGAACAAUUACUAUUGAACUACCCACUGUUACUUCAAAGUUCAAUAUAUAAUAUUCGAUAGAUUUAA